AGUUUCAAGGCCUCUGAUAUCACUCGGUGCUCUUGGGAGGGCCCACCUGUACUUUUGCUCUCUACACACAUGCUUCGUCUACGCAAUGACGCCGUAUACGUAUCUCAAUAUAUGUAUAGCCCUUCCGUGACUAUUUGUUAGUGCGCUCCGUGCAAUUACAGCGGUGCCACAGGUAUGUCACCGGGGCUCCUCUGCAACAUCACACAGCUCAGUGGCCAGGGUGGGAGUGCAAAGGCGCACCCGAGGGUGCAGGAAGAGCAGACCUGCUCCUUUCAUCUGAAGCAAAUCGACAAACCACGCCUCGAGUUUCAAAAGCAUGGAACAGAACUGCUGGGAAAUGGUAGAAAGACAUGACAUGAAUACCCUGAGCUUGCCACUUAACAUUCGCCGCGGAGGCUCUGACACCAACCUGAACUUUGAUGUUCCAGAUGGGGUUCUAGAGUUUCACAAAGUUAAACUCAGUGCAGAUAGCUUGAAACAGAAGAUCCUCAAGGUCACAGAACAAAUCAAAGUUGAACAAACAGCUCGAGAUGGAAAUGUGGCUGAGUAUUUGAAACUAGUAAACAGUGCAGACAAGCAACAGGCUGGGCGCAUUAAACAAGUCUUUGAGAAAAAGAACCAGAAAUCUGCCCACUCCAUUGCCCAGCUGCAGAAGAAAUUGGAACAGUAUCACAAAAAGCUCAAGGAUAUUGAACAAAAUGGAUCCUCCAAAAGUACUAAGGAUACUUCCAAGGAUAACUUGAAAGAUACUCAGCAUGGAAAGCUUCGUACAUCUGGGCAUGGAACUGAGAGCAGCAAAUCGGGUGUGCCGGGUGUCUCCUUGACACCACCUGUCUUUGUUUUCAGCAAGUCUAGAGAGUUUGCAAAUUUGAUUCGAAACAAAUUUGGUAGUGCAGACAACAUCGCUCAUCUCAAAAAUACCUUGGAUGAAUUUCGACCAGAAACCAGUUCUAGAACAUACGGUGGCAGCGCUACUAUUGUGGCCAAACCAAAAUAUGUUAGUGAUGACGAAUGCUCAAGUGGUACCUCUGGCUCUGCAGACAGUAAUGGGAAUACUUCCUUCGGUGCUGCUGUGGCAGGCACCCUGGACAGCCAAGGAAAACUUUCCAUGAUUUUGGAGGAACUAAGGGAAAUUAAGGAGACACAGUCCCAAUUAGCUGAUGAUAUUGAGAAUUUAAAAACACAGUUUAAAAGAGACUAUGGCUUUAUUUCUCAGAUGUUACAGGAGGAAAGAUAUAGAUAUGAAAGAUUGGAAGACCAGUUAAAUGAUCUGACUGAUCUUCAUCAACAUGAGACAGCAAACUUGAAACAAGAGCUAGCCAGCAUAGAGGAGAAAGUGGCAUAUCAGGCGUAUGAGCGGUCACGAGAUGUUCAGGAAGCCUUGGAAUCAUGCCAGACCCGGGUUUCAAAGCUGGAGCUCCACCAGCAAGAACAGCAAGCACAGCAGUCUGAAACGGUUAAUGCCAAAGUGCUCCUGGGAAAAUGUAUAAAUGUUAUCCUGGCCUUCAUGACUGUCAUCUUAGUGUGUGUCUCUACUAUUGCAAAGUUCAUCGCUCCUAUGAUGAAGAGCCGUUUUCAUAUCAUCUGCACUUUUUUUGCAGUGACACUGUUGGCAAUAUUUUGUAAAAACUGGGAUCAUAUCAUUUGUGCCAUAGAACGGAUGAUUAUACCAAGAUAAAGCUGCUGGUCUGGCUCUUUUUCUUUUCUUCCCCUCCUCCCCUGUUUUUUAAGAAGUGCUGUGCAUAUACAAGCUGUCUUUAUUUUCUGUCUGUUUAAACAUGCAGACUGGAUGAAGAACGCUACAAAGAGUCUUGGACUUUAAGGUAUAAAUACAUAAAUGCAUACUUUUUGGCAGUCAGUUGCCUAUUCAAUCAGAUUGUUUCUAAUCGGCUUUGUCUGUGAUUAACUGCUUACUUGUGUCAGUCUUCUGCCUUAAUCCAACUGUUUUUCCACUUUAGAAACCUACAACCACAAAAAACGUGAUAUCUUGGGAGGGAUCCAAGUAACUGGAAGUAUAAGGUGUGCUUUUUACUGGAGCGGAGGGAAAAGAUUAUGAUCAGGAAGGAGCACAUUAUAAAAGUGCAUUAGCCCUGUCAGACAGAUGAAGUAGUCUUCUCUCUAAAUCUAGUUAGAAUGACAAGACAAAUUAUACAGUUAUAUGUAUUAGUAUUUCCUGAUUCUAAAGUAUUGGUUAUCUGUAUAUGGGGAUUCUCGUUUUCAGGAGCAGUAGAACUUGAUGCUCAUGCCAGUAACCCUUUGCACAGAAAGCUUAUUUUUCAAAAGUUAGACCAGUGAUGACUAUGGACCACAGUUAGUUAUUGUUCUAUCCUGGCACUAUUCCUUAUCAUGCUCAGGAAAUGUAUAAAUGUGGCAUAAUGCUUCCAAAGAUGAUGAACUGAACUGAAUGACAAAAUCUCCAGGUCACUUUGUUAAAGGAGUAAAGAAAGGAGACCCAAGUGCUCACUUGCUUCAAGCACUGCAAGGGGAAAGAAGUACACAGGAAGGCAAUGUUUAGAUUAGCCUUUGUUAGCACUGACUUGCUGGGAUUCUCUGACUGAAUGCAAGGCAGGUAAGUGAUGGGGCUCCAGGUACAAUGGAUUUUUUUUCUUGACAGAUUAAGGGAUGUGGAAGACACAUGAGGGAACAGAUCCUUAGAGGUGAAGGGAGUUAAACUUCCAUAUAUAAUAAAAGCACUGUGUAGACUCUCUUGACAAAUAUAAUGAAGAUAAUGUGUUAGCAUACAGUCCACUACUAGGAGAUAGGGUUGGUUUUGUUUUCUUAAUAGAAUUUAUUUUGCUUGAUCUAAGAACUACAAAAAACCUUCCCUGAAAUCCUUUCCCUGGUUCCCAGCCAUAAUGUAAAACAAGAUCUUAAAUUAAAAAAAAAAAAAAAAUUCUCCUCCACUCUGUAUUAAAAAAAAAACCCCAAAAACUACAAAACGGUGUCUCUACUUAUUUGAUAUUCAGUGUUACUUACUUUUAAAAUAAUUGUCCUGACAGAUUGUUUUUAUUUUAGUUGCGGUAUUUGUUACACUAGUUUUUCCUGCAGGGGAGAAGGGGACUGCUUGAGGUGUGUAUUUGUUUUUAAUCAAGUGCAAGAGUUGGUGUAGAAGUUCAGAAAUAGAGUAGCGGAGCAGUGAGGUAGGGGACAAGGGGGAGUACUUUGGCAUUUUAUCACUAUUGGAUUAACAGUGAAUGUAGUCACUUUCUGUGGCUUCAGGAACUGAAGGAAGAGCAGAAUUAAUGGCAUAAAUAAUGAAAUGACUGAGCAUUUAGAAAAUGGUAUUAAAACACUUAAAUCACUAAAGAAUUCCUGAUAUGUGCAACGUCUUUGAACACAGAAAUGGGGAAGGCUUGUGCCUGGCUUGCAGGCACAGGAAAUGGAUCAGAUCAGGCACACCCAUGUUAUCCUAACCCAGCCCUGCCCAAUCUUCAGAGGAAGGUGGAGAAGAAAGCAAAAGCAAGAAAAAAAAAGAAAAAAAAAAAGAAAAAAAAAAAGAAAGAAAGGAAAAAAUCUUGUUGACAGUGCUGCAACUUUGUAAAGCCCAAACUUAUUCAGUUGGUUUAUCCCUGCCUGUGUCAGGAAGAAUUACUAUAUAGAUAUAGUCUUAUUUUCCUUGGUAUAUUUUUUUCUUGGAAUAAAACUGGAUACUGCCUUUACCCCUGUAUUCUUAGGUAUCCCCUGAGGAGCAAAAUAGGCAUUGUGUUAAGUGUAAACCUUCUCUGUCUGAACUGGUGCAUGUGCUGCUCCUGAGUUCAGUGAGACCUUUUUUUCUCAUGCCUAGUAUCCUGUUUAGGUGCUGUGCUGUAGGCAUUGCAACAAGCCUUAACCCUACCUACCACCUAUCUGCACUUAGCCUCCUUUUACAGCCAGCUGAUAAACUGAGGAGAUUGCUUCUACUGAUACAGCUCAUAAACUUGUCUUCACAGGAAAGUCUCUUCCAUAAUGUUAAAAAUAUUAAAAAGAAAAAAGUAGCAGCUCUUUUCUGGCCUUUCUAUCACAUGAAAGGAUUUCCCUUGGUUUGUUUAUAUGCCCUUUUGAUGUAUCAUAAGAUCUUCUUGGUCUCUUUUAUUGUUGUAACACAAUAUGUUUCCAUCUUCAUUCUUGCAAAGGUAAUUAAUUUUUUUUAUAGUUUGUACUUUCCACUUCUUCAGCCAAUGAACAUGUUUUCUAUUCAGAAUCCACCCCCCCCUUUUUUUUUGCUAAACUAAGUCUUUUGCUAAACUCUACCAGCCAUUUUAUUAUUCACCCCCAUAAUGUUUAUUUUCUUACUCACCUGCACCACAAACUUAUACAUACAUUACAAAAAUCAAAAGUCCUGGCACUGAUUCUGAGAAAUCUGUGACUCUUCUUCAUGGUACUCUCUUGCCCUUCUUUAUAAUAAUCUUCAUUCUUCUACUUAAUUUGCACAGCUGCCUUCUAGGUUGACCAUUUGAUGAAACAUUAUUUGUGUAGCAUUUUGUUAAACAGGUUCUGGAGAGGACAUGUGCAAGAAAUAGAUGCCAUAUGUUAAUAAUUUUUACUUGAGAAAAAAUCCUUUGCCUGUUGCAUUUUUAAAGAUACAAUCCUCCCAGUGCUAGUGUAAAGAAUAGUUAAAAACGUAAUGUCAGUCUCAAGGUCAGGCAGGAAAAAGACCUCUAAUAGAAUUCUAACACAUUAGUCAUUUUUUUCAAAACAAAGGAAUUUGGUAUCACACAACUUGGAGCCAUGACGGCUUCUACUCCAAGGUCGUUCCAGUACAACUCUGGAAGGUGACCUUGCUACAAAAUGAGAACAGAGCAUAAAAUCACUGAGCCUACAAAAUAUUGCUCACUGUCUUGACAAAAUCUGACUGGGUCCAGAUUGGAAGCAGUAAGGUCCUGCAUUUCCAUAUUGGCUUUGUAUCUGACAAAGGACACAGAAAAAGCUGACAAUUCUGAGUAGUUACUCCUGCAAAUUAAAACAGCCCUAACUGGUAAUGGGCACGUCACUUCUCUAGGCUAUUUUCCCUGUUGUAUUUGACUUGCUAGAGGUCAUGACACAAAAUCUAGCAAGAUGUGAGGAUAAGACAGUAAAACUGCUGUGGUUUUGCACAGAGUAAGGCUGCAGUGCCAGGAGCUCUGCUGAGCUGAUGGAUGAGCUCAUCAUCUGCCACUCCUGGGUAGAGGGAGUUCUCCCUUCUCCCCUCCUGCCUUCACCCUCCCAUGGCUUACUACCUGCUGGGGUGUGUUGCGGUCUGCUGUACAUCACCUUAGCUCAUGAGACUGGAAGGAAACUAGCCCAGCAAAAGAGGUGGACUGUUCUCUGCCCCACUUAGAUACUCAAAAAGUAGCAAGAGAAAGGAUCUCAUGAGCACUGGCAGUGGAAGUGGGAAACAAGCCGUUCUCCAUUUGGCUCUAGCAAAUCAUUAGCUGCCCCAGAGCAGUGCUUGAGGCAGCCUCCCCAGCAGAAUGGUGGAGUGCCUUUGACACAAAAAGGCUCUUUCUAGCUCUAGCCCACUGAGAGCUGACACAAACAGCAAUAGGAUGUGGUAGCACAGGGUAGCAACCUGCGUGUGUACCUGGGAUAUAGGGCAAGCUGUUGGCUGGGCUCGCCUGGGCUGAUGCCUGUGCUGCUCUGACCUCAGUAUCAGCAUCACUUAAGCAGGGUAGGCUGCAGAGUGCAUGAGGGUUCACAGCUGGGCUAUAGCCAGAGCUUUGCUUGCUGUGAAGGUAUACUUAGGCCACCCUAAAAAACAGCGGUUGCAAGACCUCUCAUAGUGAAAACUUUGUUCAGCUUCUCAAUCAGUUAAACAUCUUCUGUGGUAUAGCGUUUGUGUUCUCGUACAACAUGUUAAACAUCACUCCAACUAUAUUCAUUCCGCUUACUUAUCAUCAGCCUCUUUAGAACUCCCACUCAAGAAAAAAUUGCCAGACUGUCUUUUCUGCUUCAUACUGCCUGGUAGUCAGUUAUUUCACUUCACUUUGACAGUAGCUCUUUAACUAAACAGUCCUUCUGCUAACUGUAAAUGCCCAUGUGUGCUGCAUAGGCAUUUUGCAGUUGUUUUGCUCACAGCCUUCUGGAGACUUAGUUGCUUAGGAAGGUUAGCAUGAUUUUCCUGAACUUUUUCCAUUUCAGCGUAUAGGUCUAAAUCAGGGUUUCCUCUAAAACUUGUAUCAUGGCCCCCUUCACUAGCUUCAAAAUAUAAUUCCAUUAUUGCUGAACAACAAAUUAGUUAUUGAUAGCAUUGAAUGAGACCUAGUUUAAAUUCUUUCUUUCUGCUGUAUGUUACAUGCCUUUGAGUAACUUCUCAUUUUACUCUGCUCCUGUGAUGUCUACUUGUUCUGAUCUCUUAGAGAAGCCCUACCAAAUCUGACUACUUUUUUGUUUACUGUCAAAAUACUUUGUAUUAUGUAGUUGCUCUGCUGCAGGACCACCUAUAUAUAGAUCUGAUAUCUGCACUACAUGAAGGAUAUUUAAAAGCCAAUGUUUUUAUUUUAACAAAAUCAUGAAUGCAUGUAUGGGGUAUAAAAAUUCCAUUGCUGAAGGCAGUUUGCUGUAGCAAGUGUAUACAAUUCAAUGACUAUAAGCUGAAACUAGACAAAUUCAGAGUAAGCAUAAACUUUAGUUUUGUAAUCAUAGCUACUGAAUAACAUAAAUAAGAACUCAAAAAAUUUAAAUGAAAGUCCAAUGCUCUUCUUCAAAGAUGAAUCAGUUCAGGCUUGUGUUAGAUACAAAGUCAACUGCAUAAUCACAGUAGUGCUUUCUUGCAUUAAAAAAAAAUCUACCAAAAAAAAAAAAAAAAGGUUUCAAUUAGUUGGCAUGGAAUCUUUUUAAACCAAGCCUAUUUCCACUGCAAUAUAGAUAUUUUACUUCUGGAUUCAAUGGUACAGCAGAAGUUAACACAGAUUAAUGUAAUUAAACACCUCCUAUUUGGGUAACAAUUUAAUCACUUCUAAAAGUCCAUCUAGGAAUAGCAAUCAGACAAGUUUACUCUCCUGUAUUUUAAUCAAACAAAUUUUUAUGUGCUUUUUCAUUUACCAUAAUGCCACAACAUGGACUUCAUUUUUAAAAGCCAGUAUGCAAGUGCUGAAGCUUGGGAAAAGAAGAUUAUAAAAGGCUUGUUUUCAAAUAAAAUUUCAAUGCUCUCUGAUGCUGAGUAGAAUCCAGGAGAAACAGUCACAUAAUUUUAAAUUACAGCAGUUCAAGACUAAGAAAAAUUUUAGUUUUUGUUAAUGGAAUUGCUUACUCCCCCUGAGAAAGCACUAUAAAAAUCUAACUUUGGGAGAUCUGACAAGAUGCUGUAUAUAAAGACUGCAUGAGGAAUACUCAAAUUAUCUUAUAUUGUUGAUUUACUGUAUGUAUAAUGUAUUCAGUUGUACUGUUGCUGGAAAAUUUUGCACAAUGUCACCUUUUCUUUUUUUUUGCCAGGGAAUCUGGGCCUAGUAGUACAGAUGUGUACCAGAAAUUGUCUGUUUCCGCUGACUGAUGUUUAUUGUCUGAGUGUGUAAUCCAUUGUGUUUCUCACACAAUUUUCAUUUUGUGCAGCACUAUGGAAAGAUGCAAUUACUAAAACGCGAUUUUUGUAUAUUUUGUUGUGUAGUCAUGACCGCCUCUAAGGUGCCAUUAACAUUUUUUAAAUAAAGAUAUUUACAUUUA